AUGAAAUUAAUGCUCUGGAUUAUAGUGUUUUUAGGUAUUGUGCAAGCGAUUCCUAAAAAGCAAAUAUAGAUUCAUACUAAAUUCAAUACUCCUAUUAAUGCUCAAGAUGUUAAAUUAAGUGAAGUAGAUUUAGCACUUUACUAAAAUGAUAUGCAAUAAAUUGGUUAAAAGAAUCAUUUGAAUACUGAAAUUACAAAUUGGAUGCAGGCAAAAACAAGUAUGUUAGAAUAGAUGACUAUUUUUUACAAUAACCUUUAAAUAUUUUUGUCUUUGUAAUAAUAAAUUGGAAUUUUAUUGGUUUGUGUGAUAUGCUUUGCAUUUUAUUUAAUGGUUAAAUCAGAAGAUUAAAAUAUCAAAUAGAGAAAAUAGAAUACAAAAAAGAAACAAGAUAAUUCUUAACAAGAAGUAAUAGUACAAAUAUUAACUGAAUCUCUACUUGUAAAAGAAUAGUUUCCACUUCCAUAAGUUUCAACCAUAAAUGGAUCUCUUCAUUUCGAAGAAAGAGUGUUUUUAUUAUAAUUAAUAUUUUUAGAAAUAAAUCAGCUGAUUAAAUGAAAAACAAAAAGUAAUUUACUCCACUUAAACGAUCAAAUUCUCAGCCAAUUAUUUAACCAAAUUUACCUGAUUAUUCUGCAGAAGAGAUUAAUAGUUUAUUAAAGGACAUUGACUGA